GUUGAUCCAAUCAUUACUCAUCCCCGUCUCCCGAACGCUAACCCCAAAAUUCCCCUCAACAAUUCCCUCAAAUUUUCUCCACAAAUCCAUCGUGCAAAAAUUUUCCGUUCCCUUCUCCUUCCCCGUAACAGAUCCCAAUUUUCCCCUUCCUUCGUAUUUUCCAUCCCAAUGAGAUGAUCGUGAACUCCAACGAUCCCGGACCCAAUUCCCUCGACUCCUCAUCCUCUAAAUCCAUAAACGAAACUGUUAAUGGAUCCCACCACUUCACCAUCCGCGGCUACUCUUUGGCCAAGGGCAUGGGCCCGGGAAAAUACAUUCAAUCUGACACCUUCAGCGUAGGUGGCUACGAAUGGGCAAUUUAUUUCUACCCAGAUGGGAAAAACCCCGAGGAUUCAUCCAUGUAUGUAUCGGUUUUUAUUGCGCUUGCUAGUGAGGGUACUGAUGUGAGGGCGCUAUUUGAAUUGACGCUGUUGGAUCAGAGUGGGAAAGGGAAACACAAGGUGCAUAGCCAUUUUGAUCGGGCCCUCGAGAGUGGACCCUACACUCUUAAAUACAGGGGAAGCAUGUGGGGUUACAAACGAUUUUUCAGAAGGACUACUUUAGAAACUUCUGAUUUUUUAAAGGACGAUUGCCUUGCCAUGAAUUGUACUGUGGGAGUUGUAAGAACUCGUAUUGAGGGACCCAAACUGUAUAAUGUUCUUGUCCCGCCAUCAGACAUGGGUGAAAAUCUCACGUACCUGCUUGAUUCUGAACUUGGAUGUGAUAUAGUUUUCCAGGUUGGGGAAGAGACAUUCAAGGCUCAUAAGUUGAUACUUGCUACACGUUCUCCUGUGUUUAGAGCCCAAUUUUUUGGACUUGUUGGAAAUCCUAAUGCUGACAAGGUAGAACUCGAGGAUAUUGAACCUUCUAUCUUCAAGGCAAUGCUCCAAUUUAUCUACUCUGACAAUCUUGUUGAUUUAGAUGAAAUCACUGGCUCAACAUCUACCUGUACUUCUGCAAUCAUGAUGCAGCAUUUGUUGGCUGCUUCUGACCGAUUUGGUUUAGAUAGGUUGAAACAGUUGUGUGAAGCAAAAUUGUGUGAAGAGGUCAGUGCUGAAACAGUGGCUACCACUCUUUCCCUGGCAGAACAGCAUCAUUGUCCACAGCUCAAGGCCAUCUGUCUGAAAUUUGCAGCAACAAACUUGGGAGGUGCGUGUAGUCCAUAGAUCUGAGCGGUGCAAUGUUUCAGCGGUGAUGCAGUCAGAAGGAUUCAGACACUUGGAAGAGAGCUGCCCGUCGCUGUUGUCUGAGCUGCUGGAAACGGUUGCAUCAGUGGAUGAGAAGUCAAAUAAGAAAAGAAGUGGGAGCAGUAUCUUUGGGGUGGAUCUGGCGGGCGAUGCUGGUGCCAUCGAAUCUUUAAACCCUGAUGCGAGGCGUGUGCGUAGACGGGUAUAGACUAGUCUGGUGUGAUGACUGACUGAAAAUGUAGUGUUGAAUUCUAUAAACUAGUUAAUCUUCAGUCUCAGCUUUGUUUCUUUGAACAAGUUAUUUCUAAUACUUCUUGCUCUUGUUCAUUC